UAGUACAUACAUGUUCGCUCCGAUCCGCGAUAUGCUGCGUGUAUUUGUGCACAUGCCAUACGCAAUAGGCCUACAUGUGUAAAUGGUCCUCUCUGAAAACAUGGCGCAAAGCAACUUGGCCGUUCCUCAGGCUCAGUGCAUUAACGGAGCGGAAUCUACGCAACGUGUGGCUCUGAUUACCGGUAUAACCGGUCAGGAUGGCUCCUAUCUUGCAGAACUGCUACUUUCCAAGGGUUACAAGGUUCAUGGCAUCAUGCGCAGAUCAAGUUCAUUCAACACUGGCCGCAUAGCUCACCUGUACGCAGACACCAAGACACAUCAAAUGAAAGAUAUGGUACUACACUAUGGCGACCUUACUGACAGUACCUGCCUCGUGAAGAUUAUCAGUCAAGUACGGCCAACAGAAAUCUACAACCUGGGUGCCCAGAGCCAUGUGAAGGUCUCGUUUGAGCUUGGCGAGUAUACAGCAGAUGUGGACGGUGUUGGUACCCUGCGUCUGCUGGAUGCCAUUAGGACAUGUGGUCUCGGGGACACAGUCCGUUUCUACCAGGCCUCCACCAGCGAGAUGUUUGGGAAGGUACAGGAAAUCCCUCAAACGGAAAAGACGCCGUUCUAUCCCCGGUCACCCUACGGUGCUGCCAAGCUGUAUGCUUACUGGAUCACAGUCAACUUCCGAGAGGCCUACAACAUGUUUGCUUGUAAUGGCAUACUCUUCAACCACGAGAGCCCAAGGAGAGGUGAAACCUUUGUGACAAGGAAAAUUACUCGGGCAGUUGCCAAGAUCCACCUGGGUCAACAGGAGAAUAUCAGCUUGGGUAACCUGGACUCUGAGAGAGACUGGGGGCAUGCCAAGGAUUACGUGGAGGCUAUGUGGAUGAUGCUACAACAAGACAAGCCAGAAGACUUUGUCAUAGCCACUAACCAGGUCCACAGUGUACGGGAAUUUGUCGUUGAGUCUUUCAAAUGCAUCGGGGUGGACAUUGUUUGGGAAGGCAAAGGAACCAAGGAGGUGGGUAAAGACAAAGCCUCAGGGAUUGUACGCGUAAAGGUGGAUGAAAAGUUCUACCGUCCAACAGAAGUGGAUUAUCUACAAGGUGAUCCGAGUAAGGCCAAGACGAUGAUGGGAUGGGAACCCAAGAUCCUUUUCAAGGAUCUAGUGGUUGAGAUGGUAACAUCAGACAUUGAAUUGAUGAAGAAGAACCCCACAGCCUAGUCCUUAGGAUGUAUCAAACCAUCAAACAGACCAAACCAAACAGUGUGUGAGUGAGUGUUCUGAACAACCAGGAGUGCCUUGCAAAUAAAGUAACCCAACAAAGUUUGAUUAGUUGAAAGUUGAGAGAUGGAAAACACACCUUAUACCUUGUGUCCCAUCAAAUGGUCCCAUGAGCCAUGUUGACUGCGACAGAAACAGACUCUGGAAGUCGGACAUGCUUUCAUCUUCGUAUGUGUUUUAUUGGGGGGGGGUUUGGUGUAGAAAACUGUGGCCUUAAUUUAUUCAUGAUAUUACCGGUAAAUUACUGGCAUUUAUCUACAUUGCUUAAGCACGCACACACACAAAUUUCAAACCUGAAGAUGUUCUUCAAUUUGACGUUUCGGUUUUGUAUCUAUUUUGUAUCGGUUCCACCAAUGAAUAGUUUUAUUGAUUGAUUUUUUUUUAAUCGUAAUUAAGUUCUAUUCUUAAGUUCAAAUCAAACAUUCCAAUGAGCCCUUGGCCCAAGAUACGUUUUGAUUUUCUUUUCAGUUUGUUUCAUUUUGUUGCAUGACGUUUCAUAUGGGUAUUUUACCCAAUUCAUUCAUGAUUUUUGGAAAAAUAAUCCUUUUAUCACUUGGUUGCAGGGUAUUUGAGCAAAACAUAAAUGUACUAAUGCAAGUCUUCCAUUUUGUGCAUUCCUUCAGUUUUUUUUUUUUCUGGCAAUCAGGUAGAAGUUUUCAACGCAUAAUAAACCAACUGACAUAAUUCAUACAUGUACUUCAGCCUGCAGUACCUGGUUAAAAUUCCACCCAGUUGUAUUUGUACACCAAACUUAUCCGGUUUCAAGAGACAAGCAAGAAAUCAUUCUUUGUGAUUGUGCCGACUCAAUUGACAACAAAAUUUGUAUGUGAAAAAAUAGGUGCUAUUGUUUCACUUUCAUUGUGAAAUAAAAGAAAAUGCAAUUUGUGUCUCUUUUAUUUCUUUUGAAUUCCCAUUUCAUACUAAAAAAAAUCUUAUAGAAUUUGUUUUUAACCUAUCAUUACAUUAUUUUUAAUGAAAAUAAUUAUAACAUUUGUAUCGUACAAUUUGUUUGCUUGCAAAUGAAGAAAAAGAACUCUAUUUAAAUACAGCAGGAGUAUUUUAAUAGUGGUUGUAAUGGUCAGCACUUUGUUUUUGUCUCAAUGGCAGCGAUUUGGUUCAACACCUCUUCAUAAUGAACAACUCAAGACUUAAACUGAGAUGCUGUUUGAGUGUCCUAUUUAAAACGAUUUAGAGAGUAAGCGAAUGUGUACUACGGACAGUGUGGCUGUAGAAUUGUUUGUAUUCAAAUUUAGCCAAAAGUGACUAUAUUUUCUGUUGUAUUCUUAUUAUUAUAAUUUUUAUUAUUAUUAUCAACCAUUCGUUUAGUGCUUAAUACAAAUUUACCAUAGAUACAUAUAUUUUCCAUUUCUAUUAUUUACUCCUUUUUUUCUAUUUUGAAAAGUUUUGAAAAUACCAGUAUUUGUAGGUUAGGGUCACAAAUACUUUCUGUUGUUAGUAACUGAUACAUAAUGUAUGUAGAUGAAAACCUAUUUUUCUUGUGUUCAUGUUAACAGUGUCAGUGAAUGUAUAUUUUUUUACUGAAAAUAGUAUGUAUAUUAGGCCUUUUAUAGUUUUGGUUCAAUUCUAUCCAGUGGAAUGAUUAAAAUCAGCUUUUGUCAGUGGAAUAUGAUUUAUUAAUUAAACAAAUUGGAAUAACUACAUGUAUGGCUGCAUUGAUUGGGGAGCAUAUGCUACUUCUUGUGCACAGUACCUUCCUAAAUAAAAAAAUUAAAAAUACUGAGUAAAUAAAUUAAACAUUAUUCUAUAGGUUGUAAUUAAAUGGUUGAGGUUUUUCGUUAUAUUAAUACAGCCUAUUUGUCAAGUAUUUGGGGCAAUCAUAGCUGUUUUUCACUUUAUGAGCAUCAGUUUUAGUUUUCAACGAUUUUUUUAAAUUUCAUUUGAAGCUGGUAGUCAUUUCGGGAGAAAAAUGAGGGACAGAAAACAUUUUGAACUAAAAGCAGUUUCCUCAUAUUUCAGGAUGUUGAAGAUCUUUUGUUUUGAUAGACAUGAAUUGUUCGUUGAAAACAGAAACAUGAUUCCUGAUUCGUAACUAGUGUAAAAGAUAGAUAUCAGUGCAAUCGAAGUGAAUAAAUUAUUUAGUUUUUCUUCCGUUUUUUCUUUUGUAGCAUA